AUGUCUGCCGUCCGCCGCAGGUCUUCCCAAUAUUCACUGUUCCCAAGUUGUUCUCCAACGCCACAGCAGACUUCCGCUCUUGCUAUUGCUACUGCUACUGCUCCUGGUACUGCAAUUGCUCCACACGGAACUGCUGGAGGCAAUACAUCCCCUUCGCUACGCAAGCGCCACAGCGAAGGCUCGGUUCGGGAGAGAGCCACAAAAAUAUCGCUUCGGGCCUCCUUAUCAAGCUGGAACCUGAACAUCUUCCCGAGCAAUAACUCCGAGCUUGGUAUCAAUACCCAGCAACCCAAAAAAUCCAACAAUAUGGGCCGGCUCAUUCCUCUCAAACUCGAGGCGAACAUGUCUGACACGAAGUCUUCGUCAAGUUCGCAAAAAGCACCCCCAUCACUACCUCUUACAGAACUCGCCUCAGUCCCCAUUCCAGCACCGCUCAACCCUUCAAAACCCAGCAAAAGAGCUCGCCCUGGUCCCGUCACCGAUCUGACUAUUUUACCCUACACUCAGAAAGAGUGGGGUACAGUCAUGGAAGAAGUCAGACUAUUGUAUUCUAAAGGCCAAUAUAAGCAUUGUGCCAUGAGAUGCAAGCAGAUUCUUGAUGGUAUCAAAGAUCCUUAUAGAGUACAUCCUCUGUAUUCGAUCUACUUGUCUUUUUUCGCUGCCAGUUCUUUAGAAAUGACCGCAAGUACCCUACACAGCCACUCAAGCACCAAGCUUCCACUUUUCCAGGAAUCGCUCGCCUUCUACCAGAAAGCCGAGUCAUUCGUUGAAUAUGCAUCUUUCUCCACAGAUCCCAAUAUCGCCUUUGCAACCCGCCAGAUCGCUAUGUACGGACAAGCAUCGCACUCCUCGUUGUCGUCCAGCAUCCGAUCCUCAGUUGACUCGGUGUUCUCACAAGCCUCUGCCUCGUCAGUCUACUGUGCAUCUUCUUCCUACGGCGACUCGCCCACCUUCGAAGAGCAUUGCCUCAGACGUAGCGCCUCAAGUUCAUCUUCUUCCGAAGAUAGUGAAGACUCUCGACGCUGCUCCGGCCGUUUCCAGAACCGCAAGAAGAAAGUCUCAUUCUCCCUACAACUUCCUACUCUUGAUUCCGAAAGCCCACUCGAUCUGUCUCCAAAGUCAGUAAAUGUAGCGAAUGCUUCUCAAAUCCUAGAUGCCUUCCCGGCACCUCCUUCGAAAGAGACAUCCCCUUCUCGCUCCUCAUCACCAACGAAACUACGACGCGAGAGCCUCUCAAAUUACUACCACGGCCAAUCCGUCGCUCGCUACCGCACACAUCUCACCUCCUUGAAAUCACAACUUGACUUUCACAUCUCGUCCAUCCACUCACAAAUAGGUCUCUUAGCCGAGGCACGCAAGCCCCGACGGUCGAAUACGCCAACUCAGUACUCAUUCGAUAGGACCGAGGAGAAGAGUACAGGUGCUGAUGCCAGUGCAGAGGCGCACAGGAGACCGGAGUUGAGAGAGAGGAUCGAGAGGUUGAAGGAGCUGGGUUGGAGGAGGAAGAGAUUUGAUGGUGAGAGGUAUCGCUUGUUAUGCGAGAAGGCUCUUGGUGAAGUCAAUGAGCGGCCUUGA